GUGCUCUACCACAAAUGCAAGCCUUGAUAAACGGUGUCUGUAAGUUAAGUCUGCGAAAAUCUCCGGGUAUUUGAAUUGGAUCCAUUAUACUGUACAUCUGUGAGUAGGCUAGAGCACGGUGCGUGUCAAUUUAGUCAGCAGAGCGACUUUGCUGCCGUGGACACUCGCAAGAGACUAAAAAGCGCUGCGUGAAGUGCCCGUGUCUGAGCCAGGAAGUACGACUAGAGACUUGGACAGAUCCAAUGAGCCUGUCUGCGCAUCGUCCACUUGAUUAUAUCUUUGCCCCGCGAAGCGAACAGUUUGCCCGGUGGACUAAGUAACUAGUGCGAGUUGUGCCAGAGUGAAGAGUCUGGGGUAUCCCGGGUGGGUGUGGAUGGCAGGCGUGAGGCCAGCAAUGACAGUUUGGUGUGUCAGAUAGUGGGUAACAGCGCCUAUCGGCCGGACCCAACAGUCAGGCAGGGGGCACAAUGACAGAAGAGCGACUUAAGGAGUUAGAGCGCUUGUAUCUCACAGGGGUUGAAGGUAGCCAUGGCAAGUGUGUCAGUGUGGAAUCAUUACUGGAUGUUUGCGUUGUGCUGUAUGAUGAGUGCUGCAAUGCUGCACUCAGAAGGGAGAAGAACAUUGCAGAUUUUGUGGAGUAUGCUAAGCCUAUCGUGAACUCAAUCAAGUCCCUCAGGUUACAGCGAGAUGAUUUUGAGACGCUGAAGAUCAUUGGGCGCGGAGCUUUUGGAGAGGUGGCAGUUGUUAAGCUUCGUGGUACAGAGAAUGUUUAUGCCAUGAAGAUUCUCAACAAAUGGGAGAUGUUAAAAAGAGCAGAGACGGCAUGCUUCAAGGAGGAGCGAGAUGUACUGGUACAUGGAGAUCGACAGUGGAUCACAAACCUUCAUUACGCAUUCCAGGAUGACACUUAUCUGUAUCUGGUGAUGGACUACUACUGUGGUGGGGACCUCUUGACCCUGCUCAGUAAGUAUGAGGAUCGGCUACCUGAGGAGAUGGCCAGGUUUUAUAUCGCAGAGAUGGUGUUAGCUAUCCACUCCCUCCACAAACUAGGCUACGUCCAUCGGGACAUCAAGCCUGACAACGUCCUUCUGGACAGGACGGGUCACAUAGUGCUAGCUGAUUUUGGGUCCUGUCUACGGCUCCUUGAAGAUGGCACGGUCCAAUCAUCAGUGGCUGUGGGAACCCCAGACUACAUCUCCCCAGAGAUACUACGGGCCAUGGAGGAUGGUCAUGGAAAGUACGGCCCUGAAUGUGACUGGUGGUCGCUGGGAGUGUGUAUGUACGAAAUGCUGUAUGGGGAAACGCCCUUUUACGCAGAAUCUCUGGUGGAAACGUACGGCAAGAUCAUGAAUCAUCAGACCCGAUUUGAGUUUCCGAGUGAUGUGGACGAUGUGACACAGGAUGCCAAGGAUCUCAUACGACGUCUUAUAGCAACAGCAGACAAGAGAUUGGGGAAGAAUGGGCUGAAGGAUUUUCGCAAUCACCCAUGGUUUGUUGGCAUUGACUGGGAGAAUGUCAGACAACAGGAUGCCCCUUACAUUCCUGAUGUCAGCAGUCCUACUGAUACGUCUAAUUUUGAUGUUGAGGAUAGUGACUUCAAACAUACAGACACCGUACCCCCAUCAACGCACACAGCUUUUAAGGGACAUCAUCUACCUUUUAUUGGUUUUACUUUUACUAAAAACAGCCGAUUAUCGGACAAGGGAUGUUUAGCAGAUACCGGAAGUGAGAGAAUCAUACAGACCUACGAGAUGAGGAUACAAGUGCUGGAAGACAUCAACAGAGACCUUAAGCGAAAACUUCAGGAAUCACUCGCAAAGAACCAGCCACCACCAGGUGCAGGAGCAGCGUCCGAAGAUGAUGGGGAGAUAAGUCAGCUGAAACAAGACAUCAGUCAGCUGAAAGAGGAGAACUCUAUCCUUCAUAAAGUCAUAUCAGUCACUCAAACAGACAAAACUAACACUGAGCAGGACCUAGAGAGGCUGCGAAACUCGAAGGCAGAUGCUGAUCGCUGGCUUAAGCUUUUGGAAGAGGAAAAGUCUAAUCUGCAGAGGGAGCUGAAGAAGAACCAGGAGGACUUCAAGCAACAGAAUCGUGAAAUGGAGAAAACGAUUGAGGAGCUGAAACGUGUCCGGGAGCAGAUCAGGGAGGCCGAGUCUCAAGAAGAGCGUUACCGAGUGCGGGAAAAAGACAUGAGGAGACAGUUACGGAAUAAAGACGAGGAGGUGGAAGAGUCGAAGCGACUGUUAGAGGGGGUCAAGCAGGAAGUGAGGAAGGCAGAGAAGACCAUUGAAGAUCUGAAACGACAUAAGGAUGAAUUAUCUGCCCAGGCCAGUAAAGAGAGGAAACUGAAGGAAAGCGCUGAGCAGUACUGCAAAGAUAUAGAGAAGGAUUUUGAGACGUUAAAACAACGCCAGCUAGGCAGAACACCAAGUACAAGGAUUGUCAAUGACAAAGAGAUUAACAGGUUGAAGGCCCUGAUGGAGAAGAAGGAAGUGGAACACGCAGAGGAGAUCGAAAAGCUGAAGUCAGGGAAGGCGGCAGAGAUUGCGGCAGUGCAGUCUCAGCUAAGGGAGGUGGAGUCACGCCACACCCUCCUCAACAAAGAGACCAGCUCUCUGAGGCAACAGGUAUCAGAGUACCAGGACAUGGUAGACCAUGUGCAGUUUGAGAACACUGAUAGGCAGAGAGAACUCACUGAGGAAGUCACGAAACUGAGGCGGGAGAAUAACGAGAAACAAGAUCGCCUGGACAUGUUUAUGAGGGAUUACAACCAGGUGAAGGAGGAGUUAUCUGACCUCAGGAGUCGUGGAGAGUCUGUUGCUCAGUGGGAGGCACAGAUUGGAGAAAUUAUUAAAUGGGUGAGUGAAGAGAAAGAAGCUCGUGGUUACCUGCAGGCUCUGGCUGGCAAGAUGACGGAUGAACUGGAUCAGCUGAAGGGCAUGAACAUGACUGGAGAUGAAAACGAGAGAUUGAAGUGGACAAACCGCCGGUCACGUCGUGUUGACAGGAUGGAGAUUCUGAACCUGAGGCUGAGUCUACAGAAUGAGGUGCAGGCUAAACAACAGAUCUACAAUGAGAUGACGGAGCUGAAGGCUGCUCACGCAGAAUCAGAGAGCAAACUUCAAGAUGCCAGACGAGAGAUAGACAGAUUGCUGCGAGAAAUAGAUAUGUUGAUGAAAGAAAAGGAGAAAUUGACAACAAUGCAGUCCUCUGGAUCUUUUAUAGAAAAGUGGCAAGAAAUAAUCAAGUUCAAUGAUAACCCCUACGACACCGAGAGCAGUGUUGGUGAUGAGACAGACUUUGACUCCAAGACAGACAUCACCCAAGGGGAUCAUUGUGAUGAGCCAUCUCUGCCCGAUGUCCCUGCCCACCUGUAUGACGUACCUGGGAGGACAGACUCUCUGCCCCGCCCUGUGCUACAGCCUAAGGAACACCAAUUCAGGGUUAAGUCGUUCGGCGUGCCCCAGAAGUGUAACCACUGUACCUCACUGAUGAUAGGACUCAAGAGACAAGGUGUUACCUGUACCACAUGUAAUUACUCGUGUCACACCCACUGUAUGAACAAGGCCCCCAUGGUGUGUCCUGUGCCACCUGACCAGACCAGACGGCCAUUGGGUAUAGAUGUAAAUAAAGGAAUAGGAACAGCUCAUGAGGGUUUUGUCAGGGGACCCCGAAUUGGAGGGAUAAAGAAAGGCUGGGCCCGGCAAUUUGUUGUAGUCUGUGAUUUUAAACUAUUUUUAUAUGAUGUCCAACCUGACCAGAAACAUGUCAGCUCUCCAGUGGUCAGUCAGGUGCUAGAUAUGAGGGAUGAAGAGUUUUCUGUGAGCCCGGUCACACAAACCGAUGUGAUACAUGCCAACAAAAAAGACAUACCUUGUAUAUUCAGGGUAACGGUCAGUGAAAUGAACCCACCCAACUCAAAACACCAGGUGCUGCUUUUAGCCGACUCCGAAAUUGAUAGACAGCGGUGGGUGGGGGCACUCACAGAACUCCACAAACUUCUACGCAAAAACAAGCUUCCAAACAAGGCAGUGUAUCAAGCUCAAGAAAUCUACGACAAUGCUUUGAGUCUUGUGAAAGGGACGCAUUCAGCUGCUGUUUUAGAUGUCAAUAGAAUUUUAUUGGGAACAGAAGACGGUCUUUAUGUUGCAGAGUUGAGUAAAGACACUUUUAUCAGAAUAGGGGAUAAAAGUGAGAAGAAGCCAGUGUAUCAAAUUGAACUAGUCGAGGAAGAACAACUUUUGAUAUACCUGAGUGGAAAACAGCGACAUGUCAAACUGCUGCACAGAUCAACGCUGGACGGUUACGAAGCAGAAGUGGUUAAGAUACAGGAGACGAAGGGUUGCCAGUUUUUCUGUACAGGCCUAAUGAGGCAGGGCUCCACAGUCGCGCUCUGUGUGGCCAUCAAACGAACUGUUCAGGUGUACGAACUUAACAAAACACGACAGCGACACAGAAAGGUCAAAGAUAUUCAGGUGCCGGGUACCGUGCAGUUUAUAGAAAUGAUCAAUGAGAGACUGUGUGUUGGGUAUCCUUCCUGUUUUGCAGUCUACAGCGUUCAAGGGGAUGGAGCACCUAUCUCACUGGUGAAUACAGAGGAACAUAGCCUCCAGUUCUUGUUACAAUCCCCAAUAGAUGCUAUGAUGGCCAUAGAAAUACAGCCCAAUAAAGAGUACUUGUUGGUGUUCAAUGCACUGGCCCUGUAUGUGGACAGUAGUGGCAAACCCAGCCGUCUCCAGGAAAUCAUGUGGCCAGCUCCACCUCUUCAUAUCAGUUAUUCGCAUCCCUACCUCUGCUGCCAUACAGAAAAUGCUGUGUUUGUGUUUGAUGUGGAGUACACAGACUGGGUGCAGACCCUCUGUCUCAGAAAGACUAAGCCAUUGUGUAAGGAUGGUUCCCUUAAUCUAUGCAUCACCCCAGACACCCAGCACAUUGUCUACUUUAGGAACAUUCAGGAAGCUCAGGAGAGGUUAGUGGUCCCUGAUUUCAUUAGGGGACGAGGCAUCAAUAGGAGUAAGAGGAGAUUUUCAUUUAAAACGCGUGAAGAAGAGCGAGCAGCAAAGGGGCCAGAGCGGCGAAGCCGGGAUAUCUCAAAACCUCUCAACUUCAGCCACGUGGCUCACAUGGGCCCCGAACAAGUAAUUGUGACAGGCAGCCAAAGUGAUAAACGGUCAAAAUUCAUCUCUACACCAAUGAACUUCAGUCAUAUUGCCCACAUGGGCCCUGAUCAGGGCAUGCAAGUGCUCAUAGAUCUACCCAAGUCAGGCGGAGCCCCUUCAGAGGGUGACAAGAUUCAGCAGAGGGUGAAGAGUCUGUUCCAGCCUAACAUGAAGUCACUACAAGAGGCCCAGUUACGAGGAGCCCGGCCGGCAAGCACAGCACCACAGUUUAAUGGUAGUGCAGGUGUGCGACGGGACUCUCCUAGUGGGAGUGGGGGUAGUGGGGGCAGCCCUCGCAUGAUGCCCUCAGGGGUCUCUGCCUCCCCAGCGGACAUCUCAGGGUCAUCACAGGAACAUGCUGGCUCAGGCGAUGCUGGUGCUAUCUUUGAGGAUGCCUUGGAAACUGGCAAUUGGCGACUGUCCUUAGCUUCCAAUACAAGCAGCAAUCCCAGCAGCCCGCCUGGCUCAAACCGCCACAGUUUGGUGGACGAUCGUGAUCAGGGGCAGGACAGCUCUGGAAGCGAAUGGUCUCGCCUGUAAUCAUACAAUAAACAUAUCUUCCUGGGUUAUCUCCCCUGUCCUACAGAGGGCUGUCUCUAGUGACCACCAGGCGCAUGAAGGCUUAGCGGACAGAUCCUGAGAUCAAUAAAGGCACAUUUUAGGCAGCAGCCCUUGACUUUCCCUCCCUUGUCCUAUCAGGACCUGCCCUGAAGGGCUCCUUCCCCACCUGCCCAUGUGUUCCCUCCCCGUCUACCCCACCAGUCAUGGCUGUAUCAUUACCCCCAUGUGUUCUGACUGGGUUUGCCAGUGUUGUCUUCCUGUUCUGAGGAUGCUUCCACAGAGUUAUAUCCCCUGAUGACGAGGACAAUCUGUACAGAGGUUCCCAUAGUGAAGGGUUCAGUCACCUGUCAACUUUCACAGACCCGAGGAUUCUGUCUGGCCUGGUACAUCAUAAUUAUGGGGUGAUAUUACUGCUAUAUGUGUAUGAUAUAGACACGUGUCAACGUGAGCUGUACUGAAGCCUAGUAAGGGGCGCACAGCUCUCUGCAUGUAUGUAAUGUAUAUGAGAAAUCGCCUCACUACCGAGCCUGCCCCAUGCCAGUAGCAGCUGUGUCCUGUACAGUCUUUGUACAUACAACUUUUCUAUCUGUGCACAUAACUGUUAACUGUACCACCGCUUUUGUACCUAGUGUUGAUAUAUAACCUUUUCAUGCCACAUUAAAUUGUAAUUAUUAAUAUUAUGAAAAGUAAUAUUAUUAUUAUUAUUAUUAUUAUUGGUGACAUUUGUAUUAUACUACUUACAUUAUCAUAAUGAAGCAGUGUAGAGAUGGUCAAAGUUAGGCCAGGAUAUUGUCCAUGGGCAUACACCGUCUCACUCUGCACCCACCACAUGUACAAUAACUUUGUAUAGUGACUAUCUUAGCCAGUAUAUUGUAUAAUACGCAGGUAUGCAGUGUUCUGUGCAGUAAACUAACGUGUUGGAGAGAAUGUACACCUAUGGCCAGUUAAGCCAAAUGUCUCCUGACAAGAUCCUUUUGACUCCUGAUGCUGACCAAGCUGAGGGCUUGUCUUCAUCCAUCCUCCCAAAUGUGUUACAGAAUUAUGAAUAUCAUACAUCACUCUCCACAUGUCUUCUGUUUUUAGAUGGGUUGGUAUUGGUUUGCUGCUUUUAACUCUCUUCAUUUUGGAUCUGUCUGUUAAGAAUUGAUCUCCACUAAUUUUGCAAACAUUCGGUCUGCUGCAUCACUGCUGGGGGUACAUUCCAAACCUGUGCUGUUCAACGGUGGAAUGAGCUAAUUACACUUGAACACUUCUGGUGGCGCAAACAUUUUGACGACACAGCUUCAGUGGCCAAGCAGUGUAUAAUUUUUAUAAUUUUUUUUUUUUAGAUAUAUCGAUUCUCAGAAAUUCUAUAAACUAACCCUCAAUAUGAAUCUUAUAUUUUCUCCUCCAAGCAAUCGUGCAAUUCACCUGUAAACUAAGUAAUUAUUAAACAGUAGUGCGACUGGCUGUAUCCUGCUCAGACGUCAAUUGUACUUGUAACUGUAUAUUCAGUGAUACUCAUACCUUACAGCUGUGUAGGCUCUGUCACUUCUCCAGUAAUUAUGCUGGGUUCAGUUGGAGCAUUCCCCCCUAUGACAUAGCACUUUUGUAGCCACCAGUCUUUUUCUGCAGGUAUAUUCCGUACAAUGAUACGUUAUCAAACUAGCCAAUUGUAUUUUAUAUAUUACAGUACUUAUCAAAAACUAACAGCGGUGAAGUCACAUAUGCAGAAAGCUAUAUAUAUAUUGAUGUCGACGCAUCUUGUAACGGGUGAUAAAUUUGUUAUUAGUAAACCUAUGCUUGCUACUGAGUGUGAUAGUUUUUCUGAAUGCUCUGUGGCUUGAUAACUAAAAUGUGUAUAAUUUUCUGGCAACCAGUUUUGAGUAACAAGAACAUGUAUCUGUGAAGAAAAUGUUUGCAACCACUGCCAUGACUUGCCAGUGCUUUAUGGAAGAGACCAUGAGGAUAAAUUUGUCAAGUGUGAGUAUGUGCCUUGUUAAGACGGCUAGUCCAGUGGCAUCACCAUCCUGCUGAAGGCCAUUUAGUUUUUUAACACAGCUAGUGGGAUAGGCCUUUGGGUGUGAUGAUGAAUUUCGUUCCAUAUCCAAUCAAUCCAGUAUACCUACCUGUAGUUAAUUUGCUUUGUAUGUGAGCACAAAGAAUCGUUUGCUAGUAAUCAGAAUUGUAUAGGUAUUGCUUUCCUUUCUGGGCUUGGUGCCUGAGUAAAUUCAUCUUUCUGUUGGUUACAUGCAUUUGAUACAAACUUAAUUAAUAUCAGAUUUUAGCGGUCCGUUUAGAUCAUUUCACAGGAUUACAAUUAGAUGGCUGAGUACAGAUCAUUUUGAACAUCAAUGAUAUGCUAUCUGACAAAUAUGCAAAUUGCUGAGGUGCUGAUUUUAUAUUUAUGCACCUUUUAAUGGAAAUGUUUUCAUGUGGUUUUAUGAUAUUAAACGCUGAGUGUGUGUGAACCUACGUGUAGACAUCAAAGCAUCAGAUGUUGAAAUUUUUCUGUAGUAGUUAAGGAGUCCAAUGGCAGACCUGUGUCGCCAAGUGUAUAUCUGUCCAAUUAUUCCCAUUCAAACGUUGCCUGAAUGACAACUCGCAGUUUGCAGUGCCAUACUGCGGACAAGCUUUUACCUUGCACAUCAUUGGAAAGCAAACAAGGGAUGUACGCAUUUUACAAGUCUUUACAUCUCACAAGUCUUUACAUCUCACAUUCAACAUUUCUUUUAAAGAUCUUGUGCCUGCCUGCAGUGUUUUAGGUUUCACUCUGGCGACAGCCCAAUGUAAUCCUCAUAUUAGCACUCAUCUUUCUGUCAUUCUUAACCUAUAGCUUAGCUUCCUUCUCCACCUCGCCUACUCGAUCAUAUUAUAAUAGUGUAUGGAAGGGUGAAAUGUUGUGUCAGACCUGCUCUCCUCUCCUCUCAUUCAAACAUCCAAAUAAACUGGUAAUAAUACA